AUGCAAACUGACCAUUCGAUUAGCUCGCCGUGGUGGUUGCUGCCAUUCUGCAACGUCGCACACCCCUGGCCUUGGGCAACCUCAUGGGCUCGAGCAUCUCCAACAUCCUGGGCGCGUUCUCAUUGGGUCUACUGUUCCAUCCGACUCGAAUUGACUUUGAUCGGGUGCCAAAAAUAUGCUGCAGUGCUUCUCGCAGUUACGACGCUGUUCGUGUUGCUGGCGCUCUUCAACCAGCUGAACAAAAUAGUCGGCAGCUUUCCGAUCGCAUUAUUUGGCAUAUAUGUUCUCUCAAUCUUCUAUGCCAUCUACAUAGGUGUUGCAGCCGCACCUGAGCUCGCGGACAGCGAUAGUGAUGCAGAAUCGACCGAUGGCGUGGUGAAUUCUAUGACUGAAGCGACUCCAUUGUUAGAGUCUCAGUCAGGCCAAAUCCCAGAACGGUCGACUACGAGCCUUCUGUAUCACGUCACCCAGCUACUCUUCGGCCUCAUCGCGCUAUCACUGGCUGGAUAUUUUCUGUCGCACAGUGCCGUGAGCAUUGCCGAUUCCUUGCACCUCUCCGGAACUGUUUUUGGUCUGACCAUUGUGUCGUUCGCCACCACCUUGCCUGAGAAACUGAUUGCAGUCGUCAGCGGGUCUCGUGGACAUGUCAACAUUCUGGCAGUCACUACUGCAGGAAGCAAUAUCUUCCUCUUAACUCUCUGUGCCGGCGUGGUGGCACUCGCCGGUGAUACAAGGAAUCAAUCAGACACGUUUGUCCUGUUCGAUCUGAUCACUGUCUGGGUGUCAUCCUUGGGCUUCUUCCUAGUGGUUAUCCUUGGUCUGGGACGGAUAGCCGGUGUGAUAUUCCUUGCUGCAUAUGUGACAAUUUUAGCGCUUGUUUACUGUGUGCAGAAGAUGAGUAUUACUCACACUAUCGAAAUAGAUUCCGGCUGUCGAAGGAGAUACAGGUAG